ACACUCAAACUUCGAUAGAUAAAUUUAAUUUGAUUUUUCCCCAUCGAAUCAAUUCUUGUUGUCCUGUUUCAAUCUAAUUAGGGUUUUUGGCUCUCAAGGGUUUAAUCAGAUUGGUUGGUUCGUUAACUUAAAGAAUCCUUUUCUUGACUUUCUCUUCUUCUUCUUUGUAUUCGUCUUUUGAAAAAUGGCGGUGUCUGCUAUCGGUUUCGAAGGAUUUGAGAAAAGGCUCGAAAUCUCAUUCUUUGAGACUAGUGUCUUUCUUGAUCCUGAAGGAAAGGGUCUUCGUGCACUUACUAAAUCCCAGUUAGAUGAGAUCUUGACUCCAGCAGAGUGCACAAUUGUUUCCUCUCUCUCAAACUCUUUGGUCGACUCUUACGUUCUCUCUGAGUCGAGCCUAUUUGUCUAUCCUUACAAGAUUAUCAUUAAAACAUGCGGGACUACGAAGCUUCUCUUUUCGAUCCCGCAUAUCAUUAGGCUAGCUGAUUCACUUUGCCUUACUGUCAAAUCUGUCCGCUACACUCGUGGUAGCUUUAUUUUCCCGGGAGCUCAAUCUUACCCUCACCGUAGCUUCUCAGAGGAAGUUGCUUUACUUGAUGGCUAUUUUGGUAAGCUCAAUGGAGGAAGCAAAGCUUUUGUGAUGGGAGGGUCAGAUAACAACCCUCAGAGAUGGCAUGUCUACUCUGCUUCUUCUGCUUAUGAAUCUGAUGUGGCUUGUGACAAACCUGUGUAUACAUUGGAGAUGUGCAUGACUGGUCUAGACAAGAAAAAAGCUUCGGUGUUCUUUAAAACCAAUUCGGUUUCAGCUUCUGAUAUGACUAGUAGCUCUGGGAUCAGAAACAUCCUUCCAGCCUCUGAAAUCUGUGAUUUUAAUUUUGAACCGUGCGGUUACUCGAUGAAUUCAGUUGAAGGAGAUACGGUUUCAACCAUCCAUGUGACCCCGGAAAACGGUUUUAGCUAUGCAAGCUUUGAAACAGUUGGGUAUGAUCUAAAGGCUUUGAACUUUAAGGAGUUGGUGGAUAGUGUUCUGGUUUCUUUUGAACCAAAAGAAUUCUCUGUAGCGGUGCAUGCUAAUCUUGGAACCGAGCUAUUGGCGUGUGAUUAUGUAGUUGAUGUGAAGGGAUACUUGAGCCAAGAGAGAGGACUAGAGGAGCUUGGACUUGAAGGUUCGAUUGUUUACCAGAAAUAUGUCAAAUCUGUUGAAUGUUGCUCACCAAAAUCUACUCUUGGGUUCUGUUGGAAAGAGGAAGAAGUGGUUAAAGAAGAAGAAUGAUGCUCUUUUUUUUAAGGUUCAUUUGUGUUUUGUUUUCGAAUAAGAGAGAACAUGUUAUGUUCUGAUGAAAGCAGUUCUUGUUUGUGUUUUUGAAGUUUGUAAUAGUUCUGUUCUCUUGUUUACUGCACCAGAAAGAUUUUAUGUGUUCUCUGCUUUGUUGUGUUUAAGCUUUGAAGAUCUUUUAGUCUUGUGUGCGUAUAAAAUUUUUAAUCUUCU